UUCUGAGCUCCAUGCAUGCCAGGUCAUCUGGUGGGUGCCAGUCCAAACCCAAGUCUUCUGACACAGUGCUUUCUUUGGCAGGACGCACACAAUUGUAUUCCUGAUCUGGACAGCGAGACGGCCAUGUUCUCAGUCUACGAUGGACAUGGAGGGGAAGAGGUUGCUCUGUACUGUGCCAAGUACUUGCCAGAGAUCAUCAAGGACCAGAAGGCCUACAAGGAAGGCAAACUACAGAAGGCCCUGGAGGAUGCGUUCCUGGCCAUUGAUGCCAAGCUGACCACAGAGGAGGUGAUUAAGGAGCUUGCCCAGAUUGCUGGGCGGCCCCAGGAUGAGGACGACGAGAAGGAGAAAGUGGCUGACGAGGAUGAUGUUGACAAUGAGGAAGCAGCCCUGCUGCACGAAGAAGCCACAAUGACCAUAGAGGAGCUGCUGACCCGCUACGGACAGAACUGCAUCAAGAACCUCCGAAACAAGCCACUUUCCCAAGCAGGGGAGAUGGGAAAGGAGCAUGAUGGGGAGUGGAGUGUGAAUGGGGAGGCCAGUCCGGGGGAGCUGGCCGACCACAGGGAGAGGAAAAAUGGGAAGCCAGAUGAUGAGGCCUUGGGCAUUUCCUCCACUUCGGAUGGAUCCGACGCUGGGGACAACAGCUGUGCUGCAAAGAAGGCUGAAGUGGGCAGGGGUGAAGAGACAGUCACCUCCUCCACAGGGGAGGCAGGGCCUUCCUGCUCCUCUAUGGGAAAGCCCCAGCGCGCAACAAAGUCCAAAUUUUUUGAAGACAGUGAGGAUGAGUCAGAUGAGGCUGAAGAGGAGGAGGACAGUGAGGAGUGCAGUGAGGAUGAGGAUGGCUACAGCAGUGACGAGGCAGAGAAUGAAGAGGAUGAAGAUGACACAGAAGAGGCUGAGGAGGAUGAGGAUGAAGAGGAAGAGAUGAUGUUACCAGGCAUGGAGGGGAAAGAGGAGCCUGGCUCUGACAGCGGGACGACUGCCGUGGUAGCCCUUAUCCGAGGUAAACAGCUGAUCGUAGCCAAUGCAGGGGACUCUCGCUGCGUGGUGUCGGAGGGCGGCAAAGCCGUGGACAUGUCCUAUGACCACAAGCCGGAGGAUGAACUGGAGUUGGCCAGGAUAAAGAAUGCCGGCGGCAAAGUCACCAUGGAUGGGAGAGUGAAUGGCGGGCUAAACCUCUCCCGGGCAAUUGGCGACCACUUCUACAAGCGGAACAAGAACCUGCCCCCGGAGGAGCAGAUGAUCUCAGCCUUACCUGACAUCAAGGUGCUGACGAUAAACGAGGAGCACGACUUCAUGGUCAUUGCGUGCGACGGAAUCUGGAACGUGAUGAGCAGCCAGGAAGUGGUGGAUUUCAUCCAGGCCAAGAUCACCCAGAAAGAUGACAAUGGAGACCUGAGGCCUCUCUCCUCAAUAGUAGAAGAGCUCCUGGAUCAAUGCCUGGCUCCCGACACAUCUGGGGAUGGCACGGGCUGUGACAACAUGACCUGCAUCGUUAUCUGCUUCAAACCACGCUCCACACAAGCCCGUGCCGACAGUGGCAAACGGAAACUAGUGGCGGCCGACACACAGGCAGCGGUGGAGGAGAAUGGCAGUGACAGCAGCAAGAAGGCCAAGCGGGACUAGCGGGCCUGGCACAGAGACUUGGUGUGCACUCCCCAGACUCAUUUCUUAAACAAGCUGAGCUCAAGACUCCAACGUCUUGUUCUUUUUUAGCCUUAGCAGAGGCCUCGUUUGUCUGUGUCCUGGACAGGGUGAUGGGGUGGGUCAGCCAGGGCAUGUCACAUUGCUCAUUUGUAACCAUUCCAAAGAGCUGCCCAGUGGGGCUGGCUGCAGAUCCGCGGACACGGGAGGCCCAGCCCAGGUGAGUAGCACGGUAGUGGUUAGAGGAUGGACAUCCCAGUGUUGUCUCCAUGUGGGUGUCGCCAUUUUUGUGCCUGUGACUAUUCUGUUUGGGGGGGGAGGGAAGAAUUUUUUCACUGUUGAGGUUUUUUUAAUCUGCGCCCCCUUUAUUUAAGGCCCUUCUGUUUUUAUUUGUGGAACAAUCUGGCUCGAGUGCCACCCUUGCACCUCGUUCUGUUGUACACUUUCAACGAAUACUUUUUCAAACUAAAGCCCCAGAAAACCCA